UGAGAUGAAUGUAGAGGUGUAUGUUGUGUGCUCACUGUGGGGGGUGUUGGGGGCGUUUCUUUUUUCUUAUCAGUUUAAUGUUGCAGCUCCUCCUUUGCGCCCAUCCCUCUUGUCUCUCCUUACUGUACACAAUCUAAUAAACCACCAGCAGUACAGCAUAAUGACUUGGAUGCUGGUUCAUGAUUCAAGCCUGAGCAACAGCAAGCUUCUGCCUUGCUGGAUAAUCUUGUGAAGGAUAUUAAAUACCUCCCUGCACCAGCAAUGCUGCUUAAUAGUUAUUCUUACAUUUGUGGAGGAUGUAGCAAAAACAAGAGAAGCACCAAAACACCUAUAAAACAUCUGCAGUACUUUAUAUUCUUAAUUUGGUUUAUUUGUUCUCUAAGUUUUAAACAAAAGCAGACUUGAUUGUGUUUCAUGUCUUGGCAAAAGGUUUUUCAGUCCCAUGGAAAUUUCAGUGAUCAAAUGUGUACAUAUAGUAGUUACCAUUCAGGGGUUGUGAUUGUUGAGAUAAACCUAAGUGUUCAGGCUUCUCGUGAGGUUAAAUUAGGUCUUGACAGAGUACACCUUAAAUCAACAGUCCAGUUACUGGAGUCAAAUGUUCCUGAUCGUUGACUUUUUAAAUGGCACAAAUGAAAAAGCAUGCAUGAACUGACAUUUUAGCAUGGUGUUAGCAUCCAGUGGCUAAACAAAGGCCAUUAAAGUGUGGAUUUUAAAGCAGCAGCUAAUUAAAAGGCUCAAAUUUACAGGCCAUAGAGUUUUAACUCUAUAGACCAUGUUGUAUCCUGUCAAUAGGAUGUCUCAUUAAACUAUGUAUUUUAUUUGCUUAAGGUUAAUAUCCUGUUGCUUCCAUGUGUAGGAAGGCAGCUCAUGUGAAACUAUUUGGCGCUUUGCACCUCUGAUCCUUGCACACAGGGAGACUGAGCUUAUUAUUAGCCUCAGCUAGACAGGAGAAGCAUCUAAAGGGGCACAGGUCAUGCACAACUGAUGAGGCAGAGUAAAUAUGUAAACCAAAAACACUGACCAAUGAGAAGGCUUUGAGAGGCUUGAGGUGACUGGUGUAUAUAGCUGUUGUCCAGUUUCUGUUUUCGUUGGUUUGUGUCACGCACUCUUCCAUUGAUGCAUGCUUUGAGUCAAACGUGUGGUGUUUAGACUGGUUGUGCGCUAUGCUUGAAUUUCUGAAAGUCUAGUUAGGCAAGAGCAAUGUUGCAGAUAAGGUUUAGGGUCACACUGCUGCUCCUGCUUCUGGCAGUCAGAUGUGUCGCAGAGGAAUUAAUGGAAAGUAAAGGCUGUGUAUGUGGAUACCCUGGAAUACCAGGGGAUCCUGGCCAUAAUGGUACACCUGGAAGAGAUGGUAGAGAUGGGCUCAGAGGAGAGAAAGGUGAUCAUGGUGAAGUUGGCCCCACUGGACCAGCUGGUAAUAAUGGCCAUAAAGGAGAAAAGGGGGAACCUGGUGAAACUGGUCCAGUUGGACUCAAAGGAAAAAGAGGAGAUAAUGGAGAACGGGGACUUCCUGGGAAAAUGGGGCCUCAGGGAGUGCAAGGGCCCAUUGGCCUGAAAGGAAGUAAGGGAGACAUUGGGCUGCCAGGACCUCAAGGACCUCAAGGAGAUAUUGGACCCCCUGGACCACUGGGUCCAAAGGGGGAUAUUGGCCUCCGUGGAGACAGAGGCAUUCAGGGACCGCUUGGACCCCCUGGCAAACCAGGCCCCAAGGGAGAAAUUGGUAUUCCAGGUCACAAAGGAAACAUUGGUUAUCGUGGGGAUAGAGGGGUUCGAGGUGAGAAAGGUGAUAGAGGUGAAAGGGGAGAAACACCUGUCAUCCCUAAAAGUGCCUUCUGUGUGGGACUGACAGCACAAACUAAACUCCCUCCAGCUAAUGCGCCGAUCCGGUUUGACAAGAUUAUUUACAACGGACAGAAUCAUUAUGAUCCACAAACAGGAAGAUUCACAUGCUCGGUGGCAGGUGCCUACUACUUUACCUACCACAUCACUGUCUUUUCCAGAAAUGUGAAAGUGGCACUCGUGAAAAAUGGGGCAAAAAUCAUCCACACCACGGAUAACUACCAGAGCAGUGAGGACCAGGCGGCAGGGGGUGCUUUGCUGCACCUGGAGGUGGGGGACAAAGUGUGGCUUCAAGUGGCUGGAGGAGAACUAUUCAAUGGACUCUUUGCUGAUGAAGAUGAUGACACUACAUUUUCUGGCUUUAUAAUCUUUGGAGCUUAAUUAUAAUUAUUAUAAUCACAAGUAUUAGCAUUAAAUGUGCUGAAUAACAGAAAUCGGCUACUCAGUAACUUCACUUCAACUGAUUUUAGAAUGCAUUUUGCAAAGCUAAACAAAGCAAACACAAUUUAAACUGCUUCUUUAACAUUAACCUAUCUGUAUUCAAUCCUGAUAUAAAUUAAUGUUGGAUUUCGUUGGAAAUAAUCAAAUUUUCAAGUAGUUUAAUUUUCAUAAAAUUGUUUAAAUUAAGCUAAAUAAGAGAAGUCUUGUCUAUCCACACAUGACAUCUAAAAAGCUUCAACCUGGACUGGAGUGAUCUAGAGUGGUGGCUUUAGGUCUUAACAUUUAUGUACACUCUACCUUGUAGGGCUCCACUUUUGCAAGAAAAACCCAAAGCGCAAAACUAAUGUUUGCAAAACCUCAAGAGAGAUAAGUCACAGUCCCUCUGGGAUAAUGUUCUAUGGACAGUUGAAACCAAAGUGAAGGGAAUGCAUUGUAUCCGUAUUGUUUCUUCAUUAUAUAUAUGUAAUGAAACCCAUAAAGACAAGAUCUUGCACCUGCAGUGAAACAUGCAGACGUUUAUAUCAUGCAGUGGACUUCCUUUGCAGCCUCUGAUACAGGAUAUAUCUAAUUAAUCAAAUGAAUUACAUUAGGAGAUUACCAAGGUAUUUUAAAGCUAAAUUUAUAACCCAAUGUAACAAAAAUUUGUUUGAGGUGAAGGUCUUGGCUUUAUGAACAGGACAGCAGCCUGAAGCAUGCAUCAUUCUGCACACAAUCCUUGUUGAAAGAGAAAGACAGAUUGUUAUUAAAGAGUCGGCAAGGGUCCUGACUUAAAUAUCACCGAAAAUGUUUGUUGAGGGCUAAAAUAUGCUUUUGACAAAAAGGACAUUACACCAAUACAUUCAAUAGUUUGAACAUAGAGAGGCUGUUGUAUUGUUCCUAAAUAUAAUGACAAAGGUAAUCAAUGUCAAUAAACGUUGAUAAUAUUUGUAUUUGGGGUGGAUUUGGGCUUGUUGUUUAUGUUUAAUGAACGUAAAGAGUUUAUUCAAAUAUUCAGAUUUUACAGAAUUGUUUUAUUUACAAUACAGAUUAUAUUUUUUAAAAAAUUGUAUGAAAUUAAAAAAGUGCCAGUAAAUCUCUGUAUUUCCUUUUGAAAUGGCAUGCAUAUUUUAAACUUGUAUAAUUAUGCUAAGUUAGUUGGACAAAAUAUUUUAGCGCAUUUCUCUAAUAGAUUAAUUUGUUAUCUUGUGUAUCAUGCAGUGAAUGUCAGCAUGUUGAUGUCAGAUGUAUGAAGUUGUUUUAAGCAAAUGGAAUGGGAGUGUGCAAAGGUUAAAUCUGUUUUGUUUUGUUUUGUUUCAUCUUG